AUGGAUCUGACAUUCACUGACGACGGACCUCUGCCAGAUCAACAGAAGAAGACCGUGAAAUGGGAGCCAUCCACUGAGAAAAUGUAUGUGCGUGAUGGAGUACUGAAGGGUGAUGUUAACAUGGUUCUGUUGCUUGAAGGAGAGCUAAGAAGGUUGUCCAGUUGCCAGACUAUCACUGUGUGGACCAUCGCAUUGAGACUACAAAAACAACACGACAAAGAUUACAACAAGAUUAAGCUGUAUGAGCAUGCAGAAGGUCAUUCUGGGCUGCCAAGGCAGGCCAAGUAA